GCCCCAUCAAAACAUAAAGCUGUACUAUUUUUGGUUACUAGGAGAGGGCCUCCCUUUCAAAGCCGCAAGCUGUGCAUUUUCAAAAGGGCAACACAUCACAUUUGUCCGCUGUGUGCUUGAUGUUUACAUGGAACUGCAUGUAUUCUCCCAUUCGCUUCGGUACUGACAAACAGUAGGAGAUUCCCCUCUUUAGUCUUCUUGCUGCACACUGCUCAAUCCACAGCUCAGCGGUAAGCAGCAGAGGCUCUGAAGAAGAGGCAAGAACCCAGGGAGGGAGACAGAAAGAGUUGGACUGGCCGGACAAUAGACAAGGACAGCUGAAUAGAGAUUAAAAGAAAAGACAUUUUUCAUGGUUUGGGAAAUCCUUGGGGCUAGCUGGAAUCAUAGACGAUCCAGAGGAUGGGGACUGUCAGCAGAUCCUCUGCACGGAUUUCUUUUCUCCUCAGCUUUUCAUUUGUGCUUCUGCUGAUCAACUGGAGCGAGGGCAGGAAACCUAAGUCGAAAUGCCCUAUCUGGUGUACCUGUACAAAAGACAAUGCUUUAUGUGAAAAUGCCAAAACUAUUCCUCGCACCUUCCUUCCUGAUGUUAUUUCACUAUCCUUUGUGAGAUCUGAAUUUACAGAGAUUCCAGAGGGGAGUUUUUUACACAUACCAUCCCUACAGCUCCUACUGUUCACAUCAAACGCUUUUGAUGCUAUUAGUGAUGAUGCUUUUACUGGUCUCCCUCACCUAGAGUACUUGUUCAUAGAGAAUAACAAAAUAAAGUCUAUUUCAAGAAAUGCUUUUCGGGGUCUGAAAUCACUAAUUCAUCUGAGCCUGGCAAAUAACAAUCUUCAGUCCCUUCCAAAAGAUGUUUUUAAAGGCCUGGAUUCCCUUACAAAUGUAGAUCUAAGAGGCAACGUAUUCCGCUGUGACUGCAAGCUGAAAUGGUUAGUGGAAUGGCUGGAUAAAACCAAUGCCACAGUUGAACAAAUUCACUGUGAAAGUCCCCCCGAAUAUAAAGGAAGAAAAAUCAACAGCUUGUCGGCCAAGGAUUUUGACUGUAUAACCACAGAAUUUGCUGCAUAUAAAUCUUUACCGUAUCAGUCUCUGUCAGUAGACACCUUCACCUACAUGAAUGAUGAGUAUGUUGUGAUUGCUCAGCCUUUCACUGGGAAAUGCAUGUUUCUGGAAUGGGACCACGUGGAGAUGUCUUUUAGGAACUAUGAUAAUAUCACAGGAACCUCAACGGUGGUGUGUAAGCCGAUUGUCAUUGAGAAACAGUUGUAUGUCAUUGUGGCGCAGUUAUUUGGUGGUUCCCAUAUUUACAAAAGAGAUAUUUUCGCCAACAAGUUCAUCAAGAUUCAGGACAUUGAAAUAUUAAAAAUUCGAAAACCCAAUGACAUUGAGACUUUCCGAAUUGAAGAAAAUUGGUACUUUGUGGUUGCUGACAGCUCGAAAGCUGGUUUUACUACAAUCUACAAAUGGAACGGGAACGGAUUCUACUCCCAUCAGUCGCUACAUGCCUGGUAUCGAGACACUGAUGUUGAAUACCUUGAAAUGACCAACAAGCCCCAUUUAAUUUUGUCAAGUAGCUCCCAGCGGCCAAUCAUUUACCAGUGGAACAAGAAGUCUAAUGAAUUUGCAAAACACACAGAAAUUCCUGACACCGAAGAUGUCUAUGCUGUGAAACAUUUCACCAUAAAGGAUGAUGUAUAUCUUUGCCUGACGAGGUUUAUUGGGGAUUCCCGAGUCAUUAAAUGGGAAGGAGGUUCUGAUUUCCGUGAAAUACAAAGGAUGCCAUCGCGAGGAUCCAUGGUUUUUCAACCAAUUCAAAUCAACAACCAUAAAUAUGCCAUCCUCGGAAGCGAUUAUUCUUUCACCCAAGUUUAUCACUGGGAUUCAGAAAAGGGAAUGUUUGUAAAGUUUCAAGAGUUGAAUAUUCAGGCACCCAGGUCCUUCACCCAUGUUUCCAUAGACAAGCGCGACUUCUUAUUUGCCUCAAGCUUUAAGGGAACUACUCAGAUAUAUGAACAUGUUAUAAUUGACUUGAGCGCAUAACCAUCCAGAUUCCAGUAGCGUGAGAACAGACUUUACAAUAUGGACAUGAUGAACUAAAUGCAUGAUAUAUCUUUCUCCUUAUCAUACUUCUGGCUGACUGGCUUUAAAAGUCAUGAUUGCUAGAAUAAAGCCUAUGCUCGUCCUUCGUCAUUGAUAAUCAUGGCUAGUGGUUUUGGGAGUCCAUCUUUUUAAAAGGUUGAUCAUUUGCCGAUCUUUGCAUUAACAAAUUGUAAAUACAGUUGCCUAUUCUCAUCUAAAGGGAGAGUUCUAUGUACUUUUCCAUUUAUUUAUUCACCUGUUUGAAAGAAAACUGCCAAAUAAAAUGUUUACAUAUUCUGUCUUUCUUGUUACAGAUAACGCUUCUUUGAGAUAUUUUUGUCCUAGUUUUCUACCUGUCUGUAAAUAUACUGAUGGUUGAGGACUGAAAUGCUACAAUCUAUAAUCUCCAUAAAUGAGAUCAUUUUGUAACAUUAGAUGUGAAAACAAUUUUUCUUGUUUUUUUAUAAUUUAGCCAGUUUACUCUAGCUAACUUGUGUUAUUUUUAUUGCAAUUUUAUUGAUAUAUCGUUUUCUUUGCUAUCCUAUCACUUUGACUUACUAGUUCUAAUGUGAGACUUACGUUUAAUUGAAAAGUCUUAGCUGAAUUAAACUAUUGAAAAUGAGCUUUGCUGUUAAAUAAAUAUUUUUCUUUUUAA